AUUCAAUUGGCUGCAGAAAAACAUUUUAGGUGGGGAGCGGGAGGUGUCUUGAAUGCAUAUUCGAAUCAGAGGCUGCAAGAAUACUGUACAAAACAACCAUGUCAUCAGAUGAUCCGGACAAGUUUUAUGUCCUGUACUGUUGUCAUGUGUGUCACUUCCAGUGUACGUCAAAAGACAUCUUGCAGGAGCAUAGAAAAAGCUGCCAGAAGCAGGCUGUUGGUUCCAAGGACAAUGAUUUAACCUCAACCAAAACCCCAGAAGAAAAGGCAAUGAGUCCUGUGGCAGAUAACGGUUUGGAUAAUGUGACAAGUUUCGAUGCAAACAUUGCAAUCAGUGAUGGAGAUUUUGGUUUUAAAAUAACAAAUGUUUGCAGCAUGGCUCCAGAGCCACCAGAAACGGAAAUUGAUGGGUUUGAAAUGGAAUGUGAGGAGAUAGAGGAGGAGAGGCAAAGUGAUGUGGAAGAAAGCGACGGGGAGAUGGCACCAGAGCCAGUCACAAGUCGGAUCAUUAUCCCUCAGAGCCCCGUAAUGUCCAAGCCCAAAUACACACAGAAGUCCACUAAGACAACAAAUGGACAAACUGUCAUAUAUGUAUCACCUACAACGCCUUCUGCAAACAGCAACGCUUCCGCAACAAUGCCAAGCUCCACACAGAUGUGCACAGUUAUUAACUCUGAUGGCGUGACCACUCUCAUGCCACAAUCGAUAAUGCCAGUACCUCUAGAUGCCAAGGAUAAUAUUCCAGUUGUUUUUCAGGCCCCCAAAAAUGUGAGUGGACCUGUGCCAGUCACUAAAACUGUUGACUCCCAGAAGGCAACCACCACCUCUCAAAAAACUGGCCUAAAGCUUAUAACUGUUAAUCCCCACAGUAAGGAAACAAAGGUGUUGUAUAUUCCUGCUGGAGGGAUCAAUACAGCACCUGCCAAUGUGAAUUCAACGUCCACUGUUACUUUAAAUCCUUUGACAACCGGAGCUAUGUUUCAGCCAGCCUCUGUUGUGGACCAGAAUGCUAAGCUGAAUGUGUUGACAAUUAAAUCGGACGGUACUAAAACACCAAAGACAAAUCCAGUAUCACUGAUUGUUUCAAAGCCACAUGACUUAGUCACCACUACGGCAUCAUUAAGUUCUGCACCCAAGUUAGUGAAGAUCCCCACACCCACACCUGUUUCCAUACAGACAAGUGUCAAUCCUGUUCAGUCUGUUGUCAGGGGAACCACCCCAGGCCAGAUUGUGCUUCCUACAGUUUCUCUUCAGCGUCCUCCUCUUCAGGUGGUAUCAGCAGCCCCUCAGUUCUCCACUUUCCAGCAACCUGUACAUCAAGUGGUCAGUGGUCAAUUACAGCUGGCAGUCCCUCUGCAGACCACAGCAAACCAACAGGGUGUAAAUCCCAUGCAGCAGAUUGUCUUGCUGACCAACCCACCAUCGAGUAAUGCAACCACAUCAGUUAAUGUGAACCAGCUCCCAGUAGCAUUAAACCAAGGUGGUAAACUUCAAAUCAUACCCGCUAUAAAUGCAAAGCCACUACAGCAGCCUCAAGUUAUUGUGACUCAGUCCAAAUCAGCUCCCCAGCCAUCAGUUGGUAAUUUGUGCUCUAAUGUGACAUUAUCUAACAAAUGCAUUCCAGUUAUUUUUGCACCUGUUGGCCAGCCUGGCCCAGGAAAGACAGAACCAUUUAUUGUAACGGCCCCUGCAAAGCCACAAGCUUCUGGUAAGUCCACUGGAUCACCAAGACAACUGCCACUUGCCUUACACACAAACAGUAAGGGAGAGCAUGAAACAGCCCUAGGACUUAACAAGUCAUCUAAUCAAAUAUUAUACAUCACAAGAGGGGAUAAUCAAGUAACCGUUCACAAACUACCUUUGCCUUCAGCAAAACCUAAACCAGCAUCCAACAAAACCAAACCAUCCACCAAAACCAAGCCGUCCACCAAAACUAAGCCAUCCACCAGUGGACAAGAAGCUACGAGUCUUCCAAAACCACAGCAAGACAUAGUGGUGAAAGUCAUGGUGAAUCAGGAAACAAACACAGAAGAUCUGACAGAUAAGCCUUCCGACACACAGUUGAUUAUUGUGCCCCGAAGACGAAAGAUUCUUCCGCGUAAGAAGCAAAAGUUAAAGACUGAAGAGGAAGAUGAAGUUAGGCAUAGGAUUGUUCCAGAUCCAGAGAUAGACAACCCCAAUGUUCGGCGCAGCUCUCGCAUAAGAGGAAAACCACGAAAAAGUUAUGCUGAGGAGAAUUCAGAUGAGAAUGACGAUGAAGAGGACGAGGAAGAUGAAGAGCCUCUGACUCGAGAGGAGUUAGAAGCUGAAACAGGAGCAGCCACCCAGACGGAUAUAUUUGAAAUGGAUGUUGAAGAAGAAAUGCAGUCAGAAGAAGAUUUACCUGGGAAAGAUGUGUCAUUGGAAGAGAAAGAUACGCAAGGUGAAGACAUUGAGACUCCAGCGAAAAGAAAGCAUAAAGAUGACGAGAAUGAUCCCGACUUCGCUCCGGAUGAGUUAGAGGAAAAGGCCUCAGAUUCAGAUUUUGAUAUAAAUGAGGAAGAUGAUGAUGAUGAUGAUGAUGAUUACAAUUUUCAGAAGCCAAGCAAGGCAAAGAGGAAGAGGGUUCAAAAGUAUCCUACAGUCAGCCUGGAAGAUUAUUCCGAUAAAUUCUCAGUUGAAGAUAAACCAGUAGAAGGUGACCCAGAACGAAAACUGUACUCCUGCAAAAUGUGUAACAUAGGUUUUAGCUGCAUUACUGCUUCGGCCAUGGAAGGACACAUCAGCAAACACUUGUCAGGAAAAUUUGCCUGUCCUCACUGUAAAUUUGAUGAUGUUACUGCCAAUCUUACCCACCAUAUUUCCUCGAAACACCCAGAAACUUUGCCCUUUACUUGUUCCAAGUGUGGUAAUGGCUUUUUGACUAAAGAACGGCUUCGGGCUCAUAUGUCUAAAGUUCACAAAGACUACAUUCUGUCGUGUGAAAAGUGUGGCAAAGGCUUCACAUAUGGUCGUCAGUUGCGAAGACACAUGCACAGACACCAUGGUGAGGACAUUUUGUCAUGCCCCAAAUGUGGAAAAUUGUUCAGUAGUAAGUUCUACUACAAGAAGCAUAUGAAGCUCAAAGCAGACUGUGUUCAAAGGCCAUGUUUGUGCCAAGAGUGUGGUACUAUUGUGGUCUCUAAACAUAUGCUGCAGGAACAUCGUAGGCGUGUUCAUCAGAAGGAGCGAAACUACAUGUGUAAUAUCUGCUCUUUCACUUGUUAUCGGAUGUAUCAGUUGCGAGAACACAUGCCUAUACACACAGGUGAGUAUCCCCACAAAUGCCCCCAGUGUGACUUCCGUGCGGCUAAAGUCUAUCAGGUGACAUCCCACAUGAGGACUCACACCGGAAAGACACCAUUUAAUUGUGACCAGUGUAACUACACCAGUCGCUGGAACAUCCAACUGAGAACUCAUAGACUGGCCCACAGAUCACCAUAUAUGGUCACAUGUGAGCCCUGCGGCAUUGCAUACAAGGAUGAAAGGGGUCUUAAGCUGCAUCAGAAGAAAAAGCACAGCAAAUCACCUGGGCCAGAUGGGGACAAUGCCAAAGAUUUUGAUAAUGAUGACAAUGAAAAUGUUGUGGGCAAUGACAGAGAUAACUCUGACAAUGACAACAGUAAUGUUGGUGAGGAUCGGAAUGAAUCAGAUUCUGCUGCAGAUACCAAAGAUCAGGAUGAAAAUUCCAACUCCAGUGAUUCUAAAUCUGCAGAUUCUAAGCCAGGUACCAAUGACCCUGAAGAUAAUGAUGACACUAAUUCUGAGGAGGAGGAUAGUCCUAAUGUCAAAGAAUCUGCAGCUAUGCUUGAGCUAUAUAAGAAUAUACCCAUUGUAGAGCCCAGCAUGCAAUCCCAAACACCUGUGAGUGAAGAUAUAAAGAAGUGCUUAACAGAAAACCCACCUGUGUUACACCCCAGUAUUUUCUGAGAAAUGUCAUAUCUAUCCCAAUAUAGCAAUUGUCUGUGAUACCUCAAUGGGGUACUUGUAGAAAAUCCAAUUGACCUCAUUCUCAUACAUAAUUUCCUGAGUUGAAAGUUUGGUCUCAUCCCUUUGUUUCUAAUAUAUAUGUCAUAAUAUAUUUUCUCUGGUAAUACAUUUUUGUUUGUUUUUAUAAUAUCUUGUUAUUAUAAUACUUGUGCUUAGCACUCAUAAGUUGUGAUUUCAUUUCAUAUUGCUAGACUCCUAGAAAAUCUGCGUAGGAAUGUAAAAAGUUAGCGUUUGAGUUCAGGAUCUGUAGACGUCCACUGUAGCCUUCCAUCAGUGAGUAUUUAAAUCCACCAGAACUUAGCCAAAAGGUUCAAAGUAUUUUUUUUUUUUUAACAUGUCCAAAUUUUCCACCUUUACUCAUCUCUCCCGACGGCAAAAUAUCUUGUAACUUUCAAAUGAAUACAAAUGGUAUGAUGUCCUGAAUUCAGAAAUUUUUCUACAAAUAGAGUCCCAAAAAGCACAUGUCACAUGACAUGUUUUUUUGCAUCACAAUUAUUGGUGUAUGUGUACUCAUAAAACAUACAUGACAUACACACGCACUGCAAAGUCACAGAGGAAAACAUUGCAUUGUACUGUCAUUUGGACGAUCUGUGUAGCUCAUCCUCGAGUCUCCCAUUGAGGGAAGAUGUUGCUUCAUUAAUACAUGCACUUGUAAUGUAGAAUCAGAUGCUGUUGCAUUUAAAAAGUUGCAAUUUUUAUGAAUUAGUUUGAAGGCCAGCACUGCUCAUUGUUGAAGCAAAUAAACAUAAAAUGGUUUGAGCUACAGGAGAUACAUAUUAUGUGUAAUGCCAGAAAGAAAAAAAAACAUAAGAAUUUAUUAUAUUUUUAACCUUAAAGUAUGAGCAUGUUGGAUGAGGCCCAUCUUCAUCGGCUGUUCUGUCUUUAGCUAUUGUUAGGAAAUACAUGUGUAGGGUUAAACAUUUAUUAGUCUCUUAUAAUAAAGCUUCGAAGAGUGUUUAAAAUGUUUCAUGUGAUUACAUUUUUAACGUGUAAUCCACUUUAUUUUCUUAGCAGUGUUACAGCUGAGAAUGUUCACCAUGUUGGAUGUUUUGUUGAAGUCGAAAGCCUUUUUAUUUAUAUGUUGUGUUUGUUGUCACUUUCUUACAAGUGCAAGUACGUUCUAAGCUGUUAUGUUCUCUUUUUUUAUGGCUGAUCUAUAUUGUUUUAACCCAUUGCUUACAUUUCAUUCCCACUUUUGCUAUACUUGUGUGAAAGUAAACAUAGAUAUUGCAUACUGCAACAUCCGUCCCUAAGCAUUUUUCCUCAGUAUUCUAUUGUAUGUCUGAAACAUGUUACAUUUUUGUAAUGCAUAGUCAUGGUUGAUAUGUAGUACAUCACUUGCAGACUCUACAGGCUGAGAAGUUUCACUUUUACCAUGACGUUAUCCAUUAUUAAA